AUGGGUACCGAAAUUACUGACCUCACCCACACCCCUGACCUUGAGAGUCAAAAGGACCAAGGUCACCAUCAUGUCGAAGAUGUCAAUGAGAAGGACGACAGACCCGAGAUCGCCUACGAUGAGGCUGAUGCAGCGGUAAACCGCACCGGUCUUCGUCGUAUGCUCAGGCGCAACCCAAGCCUUGAGUUUAUGCGCGAUGUGGCUCGCGAGAAUGAGAAUGACCUCGACCCUGUGGAGGUCAAACAAGUUGAACGCAAGCUUUACUUGCUCAUUGUACCGGCUCUCGCCGUGUGCUACCUGUUUUAUUAUGUCGAUAAAACGACCCUUUCGUACGCAGCGCUCUUUGGUAUCAAGAAGGACCUUCACCUCAAGGGCGAAGACUACUCCAAUCUCGGAUCAAUCUUCUAUGUCGGUUGGAUCAUCUGGGCUAUCCCAGGCAACCUUCUCAUGGCCCAAUUCCCUCUUUCGAAGUACCUCGCCGUCAACAUUUUCCUCUGGGGUGCUUUCCUCAUGGCUCAGGCCGGAUCGCAGUCUUACGGGGCCAUGGUCGGUCUUCGCUUUGUGUCCGGUAUGAUGGAGGCCGUGGCCGACCCGGCCUUCAUUGCCAUCACGGGCAUGUGGUUCACUCGCAAGCAGCAGCCAGCCGUUAUUGGAUACUGGUACAGUGCCAACGGUAUUGGCAUCGCUCUGGGCGGCCUGUUUGGCUACGGCAUUGGUCACAUCAAGGGAAAUCUCCAGUCAUGGCGAUACGAGUUCCUGAUCAUUGGUGCCGCGUGCUCGCUCUGGGCCAUCCUGAUGGCCGUCUUCAUCCCCGACGCACCCCACUGCACGCGCUGGCUUACUCGCCGUGAGGCCGUUGUCGUCGUCUCCAGGAAGCGCUACGACUACCACACUGUCGAGAAGCGUCAGCUCAAGUGGGACCAAGUGUGGGAGACUGUCAAGGACCCCAAGAUCUAUCUGUACUUUUUCCUCGGGUUCUUUGCCAAUGUUCCUAACGGUGGCACUUCCAACUUCGGUACUCUUCUCAUCCAGGGCUUUGGUUUCGACACCAUGGGCACUACUCUCCUGCAAAUCCCGUACGGCGCUUUCAUUUCCAUCAUGAUCUAUCUCGCGAUCGCUGCCAACCACUACCUCGACGGCCGCAACGUCAGGACCUACCUGAUGGCUGGUGUCACUGUUCUUACUGUCAUUGGCUUUGCCCUGGUUGCCUUCACCUCGAAGGCUGCCUCGCGCCUCGUCGGCUACUACCUCACCGGCUCGUCCAACGCCGUCUUCGUUCUCGCCCUCUCCCUCGUGGCGGGUAACGUCGGCGGUGUGACCAAGAAGACCCUCGCCUCGGCGGCCAUCUUCCUUGGUGUCGCUCUCGGAAACAUCGUUGGACCGUACGCGUUCAUGUCCAAGGAAGCGCCCACAUACCACACCGGUACCGUCAUCUGCCUUGCUUCGCGCGCAUGCGAAAUUGUCGUCAUCUUGCUCCUCCGCCUCUGCUUCGUUAUGCCCAACAAGCGCCGCGACAAGCUCUACGCGGAGGGUAACGAGGAGUACAACCCCAACGUCCAGACGUUCGAGGACAAGACCGACUUCCAGAAUGGCCACUUCCGCUACGUCGCCUGA